CCCGCCAGUGUGAACACGGACUGAGUUGUGCUCCCGGAGAGAGAGUGAUAAAGUUAUUGAGGAAUAAUUAUUGAUAUUUUCUGUAAUUUGUUUUAUCUGCCCUCCAAAAGAUUUACUGGUAAACAAUGCCUUCAUCUCACGAUUGGAUAAACAACCCAUUGGGCGUUAUCGAAACGAUGUUUGGUAAGAAGACAAAUGCGGUGAAAGAGGUGCUGCUAGCGAUACCAUGCUGGUUCAGGAACUUAGCUAGCUAGCUAGCCGAUGCCCGCCACUGUUAGCGAACUAGUUACGAGUUUGAAAACAGCUGAUUUGCAGAUAAAUGGAUCAAUACAGAUGGUCUUAUCAGAUUAAACAAGCUGAUGAGACUGAAAUAACGUACUAACGUUAGCUAACAUGGAACUGCUAUAAGUGUGGUUUUGUUUUAAUUUUCCAAAUACCACUUGCUAACGUUAGCUAAUAAACAUUGGUUGAUUCGGAGUUAAUUAAUAUUUAGUGGAAUUUCUCUUUUGUAUUAUAAUAGUUACUGUUGUUUCUUAUGAUUGGUCAAUACACAUGUUUACGUCUCCCCUUUACACGGUGUUGUGACUUUCUGCUGAUUAGCAUGCAUAAUGCGGAUGUGGUUUGUCUGGCUCUUCUGUUGUCCUGCAGCCCAGAGCAACUCUAACCCAGAAUGGGAAGCAAAAGUGUUGGAAUACUUCAAAGGGCAGCUGAAAGAAAAAGAGGCUCAUAGCUGGGUAUGGACAGUUGAAAUGUCACUGAAGAAUGCUAUUUAUUCUCAUUUGACUAACAUUGGUCUCUGUGAAGUAGCAGCACACUAAGAUGAAUAUAGAAUCCAGCACACCCUGCUUUUGUACAUAAUUUCUAAGCAUGUUUGUUUUCAUUUCAGGUUCCUUCGCUAAACGAUGUGCCCCUGCACUACUUAAAGCCCAACAGCCUUGUGAAAUUCCGUUGUUUGGUCCAAGACAUGUUUGAUCCAGAGUUCUACAUGGGAGUGUAUGAGACUGUGGACCCCUCAACCAAGGCCAAUGUAAGACCUUUCACUCUUCCAUUGCUUUGGUUCAGUAGCUGCAUAAUGCACUAUAUUACACAGACACCUGCUGUCAGUGUUAUCUGUCUAGACAUUUGCUGAGACUCAGAGAAAUUAUAGGAUGUUCAAGAUGUAUUUCACCUAGCCCUGUGAAAACAAUCAGUUUUCGUUUGGUAGAUAGUUCAUAGUCAAUAUACUUGUUGAAAGUGCAUAGUCAAUUUACUGUAAUUGUUGGAAGUAUAUGGUCAAUAGGAAAAAGCUUUUCCGAUCUUGUUCUCUUCCUCCAGUCAUUUGUUGUCUGUCUGACAAUUCUCAGGUUUUGAGAUGUGGGAAGUACAAAGAUGUCACAGAAUGUGGGGUAAGCUCAUCUCUAACAGGGUCCUCUGUAGCUCAGUUGGUAGAGCAUGGCGCUUGCAACGCCAGGGUUGUGGGUUCGUUUCCCACGGGGGGGCCAGUAUGAAAAAUGUAUGCACUCACUAACGGUAAGUCGCUCUGGAUAAGAGCGUCUGCUAAAUGACUAAAAUGUAAAUGUAACAUUGUCUAAGCUCAGCAGUAGCCAUAGUUUCAAAGAUGUGUAGCUAAUGUAUUAGGCCUUUGCAUGGAAGCAAGUGGUGUCUACAAUGUAGAUGUAGUUUGAGCCCUGGAGUGGCAGUGUUUUAAGAUUCAAAUUCACAUGACUACUCUUGAUUACCUGUGUUCGUCAUCUUCAGGUGGAUUUGAACUCCAGAAACACUGUGACUGCCGAGAGACAGACCUUCUAUUGUGUCCCUAUUCCAGGAGAGAGCCCUUGGGCUAAAGAGAUAUCCUUUCUUUCUGCUGUGGUAUAUAUUCAACAAAGCAUUUGUAUUUGGCUAUUUGCCAAAAGAUGAGGGACUUAUCAUCUGCCUUUUUGGUCAAAAUUUGGCUUUGAGUCUAUGAAUAUGAUUAUGCAGUACGCUCUGUGAUUAUCCAUAUUAAUUGUUUGUUGAAUUGAGUCUGAAUUUUGCUCACUAUUUGUGAAGGUGAAGUGGUUUGCCUAAGUAGCUGUCUCAAGCUAUGGAGUUGUUCUUAACUCUGCCACACAGCUAUGGCUGUUCUAGUCAGGCCAGAGUUGUCCCAUCCACCUCCUAUGUCCCAAGCAGACAGAAGCGCAGCUACGAAGAGGACGACGACAUGGACACACAACCCCAGAAGCAGAGAGAACCACACGCAGGUGGGUACACACUCCUUAAACAUGCAUCCAAGUAAAGCAGUUCUGAGUCAUGUUCAUUAGGGCACAUUGUAGCAAAACCUUUUAAAAACUACAUGCAUUGAAAUAGUACCUCCCCAGUUUGGACAGUUUUCUUUUAGUUUCAUGCCUAGUGAACACGACCCUGGCUGGUUCAGCCAGGUUGAAGCCACGGUUUUGACAGUACUACAGUGGUUCCUCAUUUUAAAAGUUGCAUCAUACCACAGUAGAGUCUGGCCUCCUGUAGCUCAGUUGGUAGAGCAGGGUUGUGGGUUCAAUUCCCACGGUGGGCCAGUAUGAAAAAAUAAAUAAUAAUGUAUGCACUCACAAACUGUAAGUCGCUCUGGAUAAGAGCGUCUGCUAAAUGACAAAAAAACUAAAAACUGCUUCGGUGAGUCGCGGCGCUUGCCAUUAAUACUAAUUUCAAACACCAGAGGGCAUCUUUGAGCACAUCUUCUUCAUCUAGUCUUUUUUAUCAUUAUUUUAUUAACAAAAACACAAAGAUGUUGAUGAACAAAUACUGUAUGCUUCUUUCUAUUGGAUAAACAGUGUAUAUACAGUGAGGGGGACAAAAGUAUUUGAUCCCCUGCUGAUUUUGUACGUUUGCCCACUGACAAAGAAAUGACCAGUCUAUAAUUUUAAUGGUAGGUUUAUUUGAACAGUGAGAGACAGAAUAACAACAAAGAAAUCCAGAAAAACGCAUGUCAAAUAUGUUAUAAAUUGAUUUGCAUUUUAAUGAGGGAAAUAAGUAUUUGACCCGCUCUCAAUCAGAAAGAUUUCUGGCUCCCAGGUGUCUUUUAUACAGGUAACGGGCUGAGAUUAGGAGCACACUCUUACAUUUACAUUUUAGUCAUUUAGCAGACGCUCUUAUCCAGAGCGACUUACAGGAGCAAUUAGGGUUAAGUGCCUUGCUCAAGGGCACAUCGACAGAUUUUUCACCUAGUCGGCUCGGGGAUUAGAACCAGCGACCUUUUGGUUACUGGCACUACGCUCUUAACCACUAAGCUCUUAAAGGGAGUACUCCUAAUCUCAGUUUGUUACCUGUAUAAAAGACACCUGUCCACAGAAGCAAUCAAUCAAUCAGAUUCCAAACUCUCCACCAUGGCCAAGACCAAAGAGCUCUCCAAGGAUGUCAGGGACAAGAUUGUAGACCUACACAAGGCUGGAAUGGGCUACAAGACCAUCGCCAAGCAGCUUGGUGAGAAGGUGACAACAGAUGGUGCGAUUAUUCGCAAAUGGAAGAAACACAAAAUAACUGUCAAUCUACCUCGGCCUGGGGCUCUAUGCAAGAUCUCACCUCGUGGAGUUGCAAUGAUCAUGAGAACGGUGAGGAAUCAGCCCAGAACUACACGGGAGGAUCUUGUCAAUGAUCUCAAGGCAGCUGGGACCAUAGUCACCAAGAAAACAAUUGGUAACCCACUACGCCGUGAAGGACUGAAAUCCUGCAGCGCCCGCAAGGUCCCACUGCCCAAGAAAGCACAUAUACAGGCCCAUCUGAAGUUUGCCAAUUAACAUCUGAAUGAUUCAGAGGAGAACUGGGUGAAAGUGUUGUGGUCAGAUGAGAACAAAAUCGAGCUUUUUGGAAUCAACUCAACUCGUCGUGUUUGGAGGAGGAGGAAUGCUGCCUAUGACCUCAAGAACACCAUCCCCACCGUCAAACAUGGAGGUGGAAACAUUAUGCUUUGGGGGUGUUUUUCUGCUAAGGGGACAGGACAACUUCACCGCAUCAAAGGGAUGAUGGACUGGGCCAUGUACUGUCAAAUCUUGGGUGAGAACCUUCUUCCCUCAGCCAGGUCAUUUGAAAAUGGGUCCUGGAUGGGUAUUCCAGCAUGACAAUGACCCAAAACACACGGCCAAGGCAACAAAGGAGUGGCUCAAGAAGAAGCACAUUAAGGUCCUGGAGUGGCCUAGCCAGUCUCCAGACCUUAAUCCCAUAGAAAAUCUGUGGCGGGAGCUGAAGGUUCGAGUUGCCAAACGUCAGGCUCGAAACCUUAAUGACUUGGAGAAGAUCUGCAAAGUGGGACAAAAUCCCUCCUGAGAUGUGUGCAAACCUGGUGGCCAACUACAAGAAACGUCUGACCUCUGUGAUUGCCAACAAGGGAUUUGCCACCAAGUACUAAGUCAUGUUUUGCAGAGGGGUCAAAUACUUAUUUCCCUCAUUAAAAUGCAAAUCAAUUUAUAACAUUUUUGACAUGUUUUUCUGGAUUUUUGUUGUUGUUAUUCUGUCUCUCACUGUUCAAAUAAACCUACCAUUAAAAUUAUAGACUGAUCAUGUCUUUGUCAGUGGGCAAACGUACAAAAUCAGCAGGGGAUCAAAUACUUUUUUCCCUCACUGUACAUCAUUACCUAUUGUAAGGUUGUUUUUUUGUAGGGGUUCGAUGUAUUUUCGUCAGGGCAAAUCAGGUCUGUGAUAUUGAGUUAGAAAUGUCAGACUUUAGUCUUGUCAGGUCAUCUUUUGGUCUGAUAAUUUCAUUCAAGCAUUUUAGUUAUAAAAAUAAGUUACAAAGGGAGCCUUGAAUAAUUAAACAGUAAAUGAACUGCAUGUUGGCUAAAGCAAUUGCAAUCAUGAAUGCAUGCAACUGUUUUUAAUCUUGGCUGUACUAUUAUUGUAUUUGUUGUUCCAAAUGGUCAGAAUCUUUUCAAUAAUACAUUUCCUUCUCUCUGCUGCCAAUUGCCAGAUAUCUUAAUUCUUAUUAGCCAAUGCCCAUCACAUGAUCGGGUCCUUCUCACAGGCAUUGAAGCUUCGAAGUAGGCUACAAGUGAAGACAGACUGAUGCAACGGAGCGCGUAACGUAACAAAAUGUGGACGAUUCAAGGGGUCUGAAUACUUUCCACAGUGUAUUUGGAAAGUAUUCAGACCCCUUGACUUUUUCCACAUUGUUACGUUACAGCCGUAUUCUAAAUGGAUGAAAUAAAACAUUUCCUCAUUCAUCUACACACUAACCCAUAAUGACAAAGCGACAACAUGUUUUGAGAAAUGUUUGUAAAUUAAUUACAAAUAAAAAACAGAAAUACCUUAUUUACAUAAGUAUUCAGACCCUUUGCUAUGAGACUUGAAAUUGAGCUCAAGUGCAAAAACCAAGCCAUGAGGUCGAAGGAAUUGUCCGUAGCGCUCCGAGACAGGAUUGUGUCGAGGCACAGAUCUGAGGAAGGGUACCAAAAUAUUUCUGCAGCAUUGAAGAUCUCCAAGAACACAAGGUCCUCCAUCAUUCUUAAAUGGGAGAAGUUUGGAACCGCCAAGACUCUUCCUAUAGCUGGCCGCCUGGCCAACCUGAGCAAUUGGGGGAGAAGGGCCUUGGUCAGGGAGGUGACCAAGAACCCGAUGGUCACUCUGACAGAGCUCCAGAGUGCCUCUGUGGAGAUGGGAGAACCUUCUAGAAGGGCAACCACCUCUGCAGCACUCCACCAAUCAGGUCUUUAUGGUAGAGUAGCCAGAUGGAAGCCACUCUCAGUAAAAGGCACAUGACAGCCCGCUUGGAGUUUGCCAAAAGGCACCUAAAGGACUCUCAGACCAUGACAAACAAGAAUCUCUGGUCUGAUGUUUUUCAGCGGCAGGGACUGGGAGACUAGUCAGGAUCGAGGGUAAGAUGAACUGAGAAAAGUACAGAGAGAUCCUUGAUGAAAACCUGCUCAGGACCUCAGACUGGGGUGAAGGUUCACCUUCCAACAGGACAAUGUACAUUUACAAAGACUUAUGUGUUUCUUAAAAGAAUAGCUACUGUUUUCCGGUUUUCAAAUCAAUUUGAUUGGCUACUUUGGUUAAUUGCCUUUGUGUGCUGGCAGAUUGGGCACCUAUUGAAGGCCAAAUGGCCUUGCCCCUAAAAUCAUGAAAUUCCAGGCCUGACUAUACCUAAAACAUCAAUUUCAAGUCCCUAAAAAUAGAAAUCAACUCAGCAAGUCUCUUGUCCUGCUGAUAGAUGGCUUCUUUUGUAUUCCAAUAAUAGGUUAGGCCACCGAACGAUUCACACCUGGCCCGCAGUUGAGGCAUCGCCAGCUGUGAACUCUACAGCAUGCUCUUUAAUUAUUGCCUUAUGUUGGCAUGCAUAACAUUAUUUAACAAAUUCUGGUAUUUUGAGUGAUGUGAUAGACAAUGCACUGAAUCAUACAGCAUCAUGCCGGUUGAAAGGAAUUUUGAUAAUACACUGCUCAAAAAAAUAAAGGGAACACUUAAACAACACAAUGUAACUCCAAGUCAAUCAGACUUUGCAAAUGGAAUAGACAACAGGUGGAAAUUAUAGGCAAUUAGCAAGACACCCCCAAUAAAGGACUGGUUUUGCAGGUGGUGACCACAGACCACUUCUCAGUUCCUAUGCUUAAUAAUAUAAAUAAUAUGCCAUUUAGCAGACGCUUUUAUCCAAAGCAACUUACAGUCAUGCGUGCAUACAUUUUUGUGUAUGGGUGGUCCCGGGGAUCGAACCCACUACCUUGGCGUUACAAGCGCUGUGCUCUACUACCAGCUGGCUGAUGUCACUUUUGAAUGCUGGCGGUGCUUUCACUCUAGUGGUAGCAUGAGACGGAGUCUACAACCCACACAAGUGGCUCAGGUAGUGCAGCUCAUCCAGGAUGGCACAUCAAUGCGAGCUGUGGCAAGAAGGUUUGCUGUGUCUGUCAGCGUAGUGUCCAGAGCAUGGAGGCGCUACCAGGAGACAGGCCAGUACAUCGGGAGACGUGGAGGAGGCCGUAGGAGGGCAACAACCCAGCAGCAGGACUGCUACCUCCGCCUUUGUGCAAGGAGGAGCACUGCCAGAGCCCUGCAAAAUGACCUCCAGCAGGCCACAAAUGUGCAUGUGUCUGCUCAAACAGUCAGAAACAGACUCCAUGAGGGUGGUAUGAGGGCCGACGUCCACAGGUGGGGGUUGUGCUUACAGCCCAACACCGUGCAGGGCGUUUGGCAUUUGCCAGAGAACACCAAGAUUGGCAAAUUCGCCACUGGUGCCCUGUGCUCUUCACAGAUGAAAGCAGGUUCACACUGAGCACAUGUGACAGAGUCUGGAGAUGCCGUGGAGAACGUUCUGCUGCCUGCAACAUCCUCCAGCAUGACCGGUUUGGCGGUGGGUCAGUCAUGGUGUGGGGUGGCAUUUCUUUGGGGGGCCGCACAGCCCUCCAUGUGCUCGCCAGAGGUAGCCUGACUGCCAUUAGGUACCGAGAUGAGAUCCUCAGACCCCUUGUGAGACCAUAUGCUGGUGCGGUUGGCCCUGGGUUCCUCCUAAUGCAAGACAAUGCUAGACCUCAUGUGGCUGGAGUGUCAGCAGUUCCUGCAAGAGGAAGGCAUUGAUGCUAUGGACUGGCCCGCCCGUUCCCCAGACCUGAAUCCAAUUGAGCACAUCUGGGACAUCAUGUCUCGCUCCAUCCACCAACGCCACGUUGCACCACAGACUGUCCAGGAGUUGGCGGAUGCUUUAGUCCAGGUCUGGGAGGAGAUCCCUCAGGAGACCAUCCGCCACCUCAUCAGGAGCAUGCCCAGGGGUUGUAGGGAGGUCAUACAGGCACGUGGAGGCCACACACACUACUGAGCCUCAUUUUGACUUGUUUUAAGGACAUUACAUCAAAGUUGGAUCAGCCUGUAGUGUGGUUUUCCACUUUAAUUUUGAGGGUGACUCCAAAUCCAGACCUCCAUGGGUUGAUCAAUUUGAUUUCCAUUGAUAAUUUUUGUGUGAUUUUGUUAUCAGCACAUUCAACUAUGUAAAGACAAUUAUUAUUAUUUCAUUCAUUCAGAUCUAGGAUGUGUUAUUUUAGUGUUCCCUUAAUUUUUUUGAGCAGUGUAUUACAGUUAUCAACACACUCGUCACUCCCGUUCAACAACUCUAAAUCGCUUUUGCAUGCGCUCCAAAUUGAUAACUUGAAGUAACAUUUAAGUAAAUGAAAUUAUCGAAAGGAAAAUGUGAUUAUUUAUUAGCCUAGUGGUUUAGUAUUUCCGGGCAUAUCAUGUGAAUUAGGCCUCAUGUAAAUUCAUUGUCAAAAGCUCAAGAGAUACUAUUGCAUGUAGGUCUAGAUUAUUUAUGGGUUGAUCAUAUAGAAAUAUAAAAACGUUAUUUUAACAACUCCAAAGCAAUUGUCUGUCUAUGGCGGAGGAACCACUGACUCACUACCUUUUUCCAUAAUCAAUGCACAUGCAGGUAACUCUUAACUGUUAGGACAGCAGAUGAGGUCUCCUAAAUAUCUGUUGACUAGGUGGAUCUCUUAUGACUGGAGAGGCUUCACACAUAGCAAGUUAUGGUAUUAAGACUCAAAUAAUGACAUUACUUAUUAUAUUGAUGAUCAUAAUAAUUGUAAUAACAAGAAAGAGGGUUGAGGUGCGAGAGCUGCUUGCAUAUUAUAUGACAAACAGGUGGUGUUAGAUUACAACAACAAAAAACAGCCUUUAUUAUAGCAAAGGUUAAAAACAGCCGGAUUUGUGAAAUUGCUUUAUCCAACAUUUUGCAGUUGCGUGAGGCUUGGUGCUCACGGAAUCAGUAGGCUAUUAAACAAACACUCAAACGGGCAACAGAAGCAGGAUCUGUCUUAUUUCUGUAGAUAUAUAGAUGAUUUAUAAAUCCAGGCACAUUUAACAGUUAGGCUGUUGAUUAUAGACCUAAUUAAGUUGGAGUUGGACUUUUUCGUCAAAUUCACUAUUAUACACAUGGUAACAAAUGAGGAAAGGCUCCAAUUCAAUGGCGCACUGAAGAUUGUUUCAGAACCGUGGACUGCUAUAUUUUUCAGCAUAGGACUAAGUGACUCACUCAGUUGUAGCUUUCAUUCAAAAUAAGUUAUACUAUAAAGCAGGGUUAAAGACACAUUAUUUCUGAUCAUCUUUAGCAUACCCAGUCUCUUGCUCGCUACAGCUCAUUUCGUUUGAAUUAUUAUGUGGAUUAUAAUAAAUUGAUAUUUUUAGGGGUUGAUGUAUUUUUCAUUAGGGAAAAUCAGGUCUGUGAUAUUGCGUUAGAAAUGUACAACUUUAGAGGACUUAAGCCUACAUUUCAAGUUUGCCCUUUUUGGCCAUUAGGCUGCACGUUACAAUAGGUCAGUCAGAGUUAUCUGUAUCCUAAACUGUGGCACAAAUUGGGGGAUUUUUCACACCUAGCCGAGCUAUUAGACUAACCCUUUGUAAAUUAAUGGAGGUGGGAAUGUUUCUGUCCGAGAGUCUCUCCUCUUGCGCUAGAGUCCUGCAUCGGGCAAAAAAAUCAGCUGGCGGAUGGUCCAAGAGUUGAGAGAGAACUUGGGUAAACACAAUGGCGCAAUUACACUUGACAUGUGGAUUCCGAUUUUCAAAAAAUAGGAUACUUGUGCCUUACAGUCCAUUACAUAAACCAAAAGUGGGUGCUGGUGGAGAGCCACUCAUAAGGCCAGCUAUUGUGAAAGAAUACUUAUGGAUCUUGUUGAUUUCCUCUAUCGCAUCAGAGGCCACACUCACCUUGGAGGCAAGCAAACAGCCUACUUUUCACUUGAUAAUUAUGUGGUUCUAAAGGAUAAAGCGUGACCUACAGAUGGAUUUGUGGUGUCCGAGAGAAGCGAGCACGUUGGAUGACGUCCUUUUCCUGCACAGCAGGAAGGAUUUGAAGAAAUCUGAGUGAUGAAUGGACUGUUUUUGAAGUUAUUGUUUUAGUAGCUAUAUUAUAAGGCUCUUCCAAAGCGAUUUGAAUUGUCAAUGUGCCGCAUUGUGAAAAUAAAAAUAUAUUGUUGUUUCAAGGCAUUGUUUCUGUUUAGCCAAAUGUUGAAUAGACAUGCAGACAAAUGAAUUAAUGCAGGGAAAGAGGAAUAAUAGCCUACUGUCUGUAGUCAUAAAAACAAUUAGGCUAAAUCAAUGUAUGUUAUUUUGUUGGGUAACGGAUUGACUCUCGGAACUAAGAAGUCUGCUUUUUUCUUGAAUAUAAUCAUUCAGAAGGUUAAACCCAUAGGUCUUAGGCCCGCAGUAAAUUAAAUUAGACAGGUUCGUUUUUCAUUAGGUUAAAAUAAUCCAUGCCUUCUGGCAAUGUUAUAAAGUCUAAACGUUAUGGGCGGAGCUAGAAAGUUGGCUGUCAGAAGUAUUACAAUGGAAAUGUACUUUUAAUCCGUCUGUCAGCAUAUUUCAAGACAUGGCAUAUGAAGGUGCAUGCAGUGAGAUACCCGAUGGGUUGGAUAAUACUUUUCUUGUCAAUCAUCUUGAAAAAACCGUAUAUUUAACUGGAAAUCAACCGAUAUUCCAUCGUUAACACAAUGGAAAGGUCAGAUGCUUUAUCUAAAUGUUGAAAGUGUGUGGGCAAUGGAGAGAAACAAAAUGGUGCAGUUUGAGGCCGUGUGGUGGAGAGUGAUGGUGAUUUGAGAAUGUGGAGUUGAGCAGGUGUGAUGUAGUCGAUCAUUAUGUGAUGAUGUGGUUUGUAUGUUUUGUAAUGCAAAAAAAAAUCAAAAGUAGUGCGCAAAUUUUGGGGGGUGGAAUUACCGCUCCCAACACAAAUCUAAUUAUUAAUUCUGAAUAGGAUUUAUUUGAUUUAUUUCGUUUACAUUCUUCAUUGUAACCAUAAUGUCACAAAUAAUUGAACACACACAUGAGCAGAUGAACUUGGUCAAAACAUUUUUUUAUUAGACUCUAUAGGAAAGAAUGUCGUACUUAUUUAUUUUGAUCCAAAGCCACAAAUGAGUGAGUCACUCAGCUUUAUGCUGACAAAUAUAGCUUUAUGCCCCAAAAUAGCCUACUAAAUAGGCCAAGCCUAAGCGAAUACAUUAAAAAUUGUCUAAAUAAACUAGUACAUUUCAUAAAUAAAACUAAUUUAAAUAGCUCAGGUCUUGAGAAUAUGAGCAACCUUUUUCUGUCCAUAUCCUCGCUGGACUCUUCUGUUUCUUCUUCUCAUAAGCAAAGAAGGACUCCAUGUUUCAGAAACUCACUUUUAUAUAGAGGGGCUAUCAGUCUUUCCACACUGUGGUAAAUAAAGCCAGUUUGUUCUCUUAGAAUUCUUUGUCUGUUUUUGGAGGGAGAGAAGCCAAAAGCGUAACUCCCCCUUGUGAUAGUGUGGCGCCACGACGGAAUGAUGCAAUUUACCACAAUCUGCCACCAUCUACCACAGUGUCGCCGCAUAAGCUCGAAACGUUUAAUUGAGGAACCACUGUACCAACUGUUCUCUCUUCUAUUUAUAGAGCCCCAUGGCAACGGGGACUCCAAGCGGCAGGAGACUGAAGCCCCCUCCAGCCAGACGACGGCCCCCUCAGACUGUUCCUCCCAUCUGGACCUCAACUUUCCACUGCCUGGGGAGAGGGGGCCAGCCUGUCUAGUGAAGGUAAAACUAACAAAAUCAUCCUGUGAUUUUAGGCCCAGACUGUCCAGUGAUUGCUUCCUUUCCAAGAAUUAUAUAAUAUUUUGCUGUCUUGCCUGGGUUCUGUAACUAAGCUGUAUCAAGGGACUAGCAUAUUUCCGUGUCAGAAUAUUCAAGUGAUUCCAAAGAUCCCAUUGACUCUGUCACUCACCAGGUGCUCUGUUGACAGGUCUAUGAGGAGUUGGACAGCUUCAAGCUGAACGACACACUGGAGGUCUAUGGGAUUCUCUCAGUCAACCCAGUCCUGGCUGUGCUAAGUGAAGAAAAGUAAGGCGCUUGAGUUUGUUUUAAAUAAGGUUGAUUUCAUUUUUGUUGUGGUUAUGUGUGCGCACGUCUGUGUGUGUCCGUAUUGCUCACAGCAUUGUGUAUCCACACAGAGACCCCUCGUCGUUGCUGCUAGACCCCACAGAGAGUAUGGAGACUCCAGAGGAACAGAGAGCUCACGACCCCCCUGCUUCACUGGUGCCCCGUCUCCACUUGCUCUAUGCCCGCCCCUUGCAACACAACAACCCUCUACUGCCCUCUGCUCCCACGGAGGACCAAAGCGCCUGUAAGACUAGGACACAUCACAAUAUACGUUUACUUGUAUUCACUGAGGGCAGUGCAAUUCUCCCACUGACAUCAAUUAAUUAUUUAUGCGAAAGUCUGAAUUUGGGUCCUGAUUUGAAUGCUUUUUAAAAUCAAAUUAUAGAGUUCCUUAACUGUUCCGUGGAGGUUCUGUUUUAACUUUUGGGUCUCACCUUCUCAGUUGUAUCCUCUUUCCUGGUUGAGAUGGCAUCUGUGAGGGCAGAGCUGCUUGCUUACCUCACUCACGUUCUUCUGGGAGACGGACUGGCUGCUGAGUACCUCAUACUACACCUCAUCUCUAAUGUGUGCGUGUGCACUCCAUACACAAAGGGAUGGUUUCCCAAACCCAGUUUAAGCUUAGUCCUGGACUAAACCAUUCAAUGGACAUUCUCCAUUGAGAAUGAUUUUUAAUCCAGGACUAGGCUUAAUCUGGGUCUGGGAAACCGGGCCAGAGAUAAAUGAUGUAUCUUUUCUUACACUAUUUAUGACUCCAUAUCUGUAGAGCAUAGUGAGUACCCCCACAACUCUUUAUUCGAAUAAGCUCGAAGGUGGUUCCUGAUAGUGAUUGUGUGGGUCUCUGUCAUCACAGGUAUACCAGACGGGAUGUCCUGCCUUUGGGUAAAUUCACCCUGAACCUGAGUGGCUGUCCGCUCAACUCAUACACAGAGCGACUCUAUCAGAUCAUCCAACAGCUGGUGCCUUGUGUGAGUUAAUAUGUCCUAUCAUGGUCCAUAUUAAAGCAAAACUGGUUUGACUGUUAUUUGAGAUUUGAAUUGUGAUGCUGCAGCAUUUUUGGUUGCCACUAGUAAUUGAGGUUAAAAUGGUAUGGAACACUGAUAUGCAACUCUAGCCUGAAGUAUGGCAGCACAGUUUCUAAAUUGUCAUGACUAAAUUAAUUUAGCCUUCCACUUAAGGUCAGUAUUAGAUUAGAGUCUGACAAUACUGAAAGAAUGCAUACUUUGUAGAUCCCGAGUGCUGAAGCGGGUAGCGCGUCAAAAUCGUCUGUCCUCGGUUGCAACACUCAAUACCGAGUUCCAAACUGCCUCUGGAAGCAACGUCAGCACAAUAAGUGUUGAUCGGGAGCUUCAUGAAAUAGGUUUCCAUGUCCGAGCAGCCACACACAAGCCUACUAUCACCAUCCGCAAUGCCAAGCGUCAGCUGGAGGGGUGUAAAGUUCGCCUCCAUUGGACUCAGGAGCAGUGGAAACGCGUUCUCUGGAGUGAUGAAUCACGCUUCACCAUCUGGCCGGCCGAUGGAUGAAUCUGGGUUUGGCGGAUGCCAGGAGAACGCAACCUUCCCCAAUGUAUAGUGGCAACUGUAAAGUUUGGUGGAGGAGGAAUAAUGGUCUGGGGCUGUUUUUCAUGGUUCGGCCUAGGCCCCUUAGUUCCAGUGAAGAUAAAUCUUAAUGCUACAGCGUACAAUGACAUUCUAGACGAUUCUGUGCUUCCAACUUUGUGGCAACAGUUUGGGGAAGGCUCUUUCCUGUUUCAUUAUGACAGUGCCCCCGUGCACAAAGCGAGGUCCAUACAGAAAUUGUUUGUCGAUCGGUGUGGAAGAACUUGACUGGCCUGCACAGAGCCCUGACCUCAACCCCAUCGAACACCUUUGGGAUGAAUUGGAACGCCAACUGCGAGCCAGGUCUAAUCGCUCAACAUCAGUGCCCGACCUCACUAAUGUUCUUGUGGCUGAAUAGAAGCAAGUCCCCGCAGCAAUGUUCCAACAUCUAGUGGAAAGCCUUCCCAGAAGACUGGAGGCUGUUAUAGCAGCAAAGGGGGGACCAACUCCAUAUUAAUGCCCAUGAUUUUGGAAUGAGAUGUUCGACGAGCAGGUGUCCACAUACCUUUGGUCAUGUAUCGCACAACAUACAUUACAAGACUUGAACCGUCAGACAGUUUAUCAAUGUACAUUUAAAGUAACUGGUUACGGUUUUCCUUCUCCCCGGUAGUCUUACCGUCUCAGUAUGAGCCUCCACACCAUGAACAGCCUGCGUUUGGUGCCUAAGAAGGACUACGUGGCCAACCGGCUGGUGAGUGGAGCCUUGCAGCUGGCUAGGAACACCUCCCUCUUCCUGGAUGAGACGCAGCUGGAGCAGGGUCAACUGGACAGCUCCGGUAAGAGGAGGGGGCUCUGGGAACUAGGGCUUUGACCCUGAGCCACUAGGGCAAGAAACCGAGGCCCUGGCCAGAAACAACUUUUAGGCUCAGACACUUGUGUAGAUCUGAGAGGAUUUGAUGUGGUAAUUGCUCCACCUUGCCCGCUGAUAGGCUAGGUGGAUUUUUUCGACGUUGCUUAUACCUGUCUUAUCCUCUCAGAUCUCCACAAGUGGGGAUAGGGGGUAGGGACAAGGGGUUGAUUCUGGGCAGGGGGCGAAAGAACUACAGGACUGUACUGCAGUGACAAACGCGCAGCAGAUAUCGGAGUGCCUCUAGCUUUUGUGUGCGAAAGCCAGGCUAUAUUCAUUAAUUCAUUUGGUUUACCAAUUGCGGUAGUGCAAUGUCAUUUAAUCCAUCGAAUAGCUUUGUGUUGUGGUAAGAUGUUCAUAGAUAUCCGUGUGUGCUAUAGGUGUGCGGAACAUCACUGCCCUGGGGAACCUGAUCUCUUGGCAGAAGGUUGAUUAUGACUUCAGCUACCACCAGAUGGAAUUCCCCUGCAAUAUUAACGUGCUCGUCACAUCAGAGGGCCGAUCACUGCUGCCGGUGAGUACAAAGAGGGUAGAGGAGGCAAGGCCCACACCAGAGGGCGUAGGAGGGGCCCCUGUGUGUCCCCGUGUGUGUACAGGGGUUAGGUUUCAGCCAGGCUCUCAGGAGACUGACACGUGUCAAAUGCCAUGGGGUUGUUUCCAACCAGCGUCAUCAUGCUGCCCCCUCUCACUGCCCAUUGGUCAGCCCCAGCCCCCUAGCAGCGCUAUGGUCUGGCUUUAGAAGUUGGCCUCACUGUGUUGCAAACGGCCUAAAGAAUGCGCUGUGUGCUAUUUCUGUGUGUUGAUCUAAUGGAGUUGCUAUGACUGCAGCUGUGCCACCGGGACAAUCCUGGCCAGAGGUGUCGAGAUAGGGCUGUCUAUCAGGCCACACCACAUUGAAGGGCAGGGUGAAUGUGUCAUAAACAAUUGUGGGAGCAGAUGGUCACAAGUUAAAUCUUCCUGUCGAUGUUGAGUACGUGUUGUGAAUGUGAAAUGAGCGGAUGAACUCCCCAACAUUUAUAUACACACUUAAACUCAGUGGCAUGGUUUCCACCAGGCGAGCCAGUGCUUACUAGCGUCAGAGGUUUGAAAUCAAGCCCUCAACAUGACAACAUCCUGCAAAUACCUUGUCAACAUAUUUGCCAAUCUCCCAUUGACUAGAUGGUCUGAAUCUUUGUCAGGGCCGUUACAGGAAAUAAUCUCAUGUUGAGUCUCGGGUUUUAAACAUUAGUAAGCUGUGUCUUGCAUGGAGAUGGUGCGAUGUGGAAAUUAGGCAAUCCCCCCCCCUGUGUUUCUCAUAGAAUCUUUCCCAUCCCACAGUCGGACUGCCAGGUACCCCUACAGCCUCAGGUGACCCCACCCAACAUGGAGGAGUAUCUCACUACCAUCCACAUGGCACAGUUGACAUCACAGAUUAACAAGUUCCGUGUGUACCUGAGUGUGGCCCGAACCCUCGACUACAGCAUCUCUGAUGAGGUCACCAAGGUAAAUGCUACUUUAGAUUUUCUGAUUUCCAAACCUGGCCUUUAUGAACCUAGCUUCUGUGCUGAAAGCAGGAUUGAAUAGUUAAGCUCAAUCAAGGUGUUUGUUUGUCGUGGUAUCAGGUUUCCAAAACCUGUGUGGUUACCGUGUCCACUCCUAUUUUCUAUAGAAAUGAGUCUUUGUUUCUUAUUUUUGUUGAUUCUUAUUCAGUUGCCUUGUUACUGUUUUCCACAGGCAGUUGAGGAUGACUUUGUUGACAUGCGCAAAGAUGACCCCCAGCGCGUCACCGCAGAGGACCUGCAUAGGAUGCUUGUUGUAGCAAGGUGUGUGAAAGUUACGUGAAAGUUAUUCAGCCUUGUCCUGAUGUCUUAAUUCAGCAUAACAUGCUCCUCAAGUGAAGCAGUCAUUUUGUGUCGCUAACUCGCAUAACGUUUGUCCUCAGGUUGCUCUCCUUAAGUUUGGGACAGACCACCCUUUCCCGAGAUGGAUGGAUGAGAGCCAAGCACAUAGACCUGCUUCGCAGGAGCAGGACCGAACAACAGAAGAGUCUCAAUGGCAACGAGCCUUAAUCACAAACACCCAUUCGGUGUGGAAAUAAAAAUAUGUUAUGUGGAACAAACAUUUUUCAUUUUGAUAUCAGAAGAGCACAUUUUUGGAAAAGUUCAACUUAAUAAAACUUUUAUGUACAAAAGUUGUUGUUCUUUUUGUAUAGCACUGCGAUUGUAUUUAGCUUUUUUGCUUCUGUGUUGGGAGAUCAGGAUAAGCUUUUUAUCAAUUGUCAUAUUAGCAAUUUCUUGAUAAGAAAAUUAAAAAAAAAGUAACAGGACUACCGGUAAUUGUACUGACGUUUUCAGUGCCUUGUAUGUUACUGCCUUAAACUCCAUUGUAGUACUUUACAUUUCGGAUUCUGUCUAGGUAAGUUUGUGAACUAAUGCAAAAUAUGCUAAGCCAAUGUUCACUUUUCCUCCCCUUAGUCUAGACCAUAACUUCUAGUUUUUAUAUCAACAUGUUGGAUCUGGUACAUGUAAACAGGGCAUUUUGAGAUCAUUUUAUUUCCCCCCCCUUAUGCCUGAAAGUUCUCAGGAGUCAAUACAAUGAUCUUCCCAAAAAUGUAAAAAUAAAUGUCUUCAGUUUGUGAGCUAUACUUGUUUGUACUCAUUAAAAUAUGGUCAGC